CCUGCUGACAGGACAACAGGUGAGCGCUAACGUUAGUUCGUCUCAGAAACGUUCACAGAGCUCGAGACGUACCCCGCACCCGCGGGGUGAUGAUGGGAGGACGCUGACAGGAGGGUAAAAACGUUUUUUCCUUACAUCUCUCCGUCAUUCUCUGCUGUCUUCACUCGUCAAACGCAAGGUAGCGGACACACCGCGUCUUUCGCAAAACCAGAUAUUUUUUUUCCGCCAAUAUUCUUGUGUAAAUGAAUCCUGCUCUGUGUGCUAACGUCUCCUAGCUUAAACCCUAAUAUCACCGGGUCACCCCGGCGGCAAACGCCGCUAACCGUCAUCGUGCCGCGUGUCUGGAGUCUCGCGCACGCUGAAAUCAAAACAAGCAAAAUGCCGCUCGGCCGCUGUCAUUUAACACCGUGAAGGCUGGAAAUGCUAAAAAGGAGCUGGAGACCUUUUCAUUCACGGUUCAUUCAAUGGUAGCAUGAGGCUAAUAGCGUCUCUGUAAAUGCUCGUAGUGCACACGUUCAUAAACACAAUAUUCAGUGUGUGUGUGUGUGUGUGUGUGUGUGAGAGAGAGUGUAAACAUAACUACAAAUCAUGUCACUCACAUCCAUUUUUAAUUCUCCAACAUCUGUCUGUCCAUUCAUCUUGGUGACUUGUUAAUGGCGUGUAUCAAUAGCUACAAGUAGUACUAAUAUGAUCAAUGAUGUUUAAUCUGAAUGGGUUUGUCUGAUGUCUGUCUGGUUACCGUGGUUUCCUUCUCCCUGUUGUUCCUACUUGUGUCCGGAGUGGAACCACUCCAGGAGAAGACACUCUUGGUUUCUCUUCUGUGUAUUGUGUGCAUGACUUCUUGUCAAAUCUGCUUAUGCAUAGUGAGUUUCCUCGCCAUGACAACGCUGCUGCCCACGGAUCAUUUUCUCUCCCUCUUCUCGACCGCGACGCCACGACAAGCCGCUUAAACCACCACCGUUCACACCUGAAGAAAAGUCCUCAAGCUUUUCGAUGCAGGUUUUUGUCUCCGAGGCCACCGGUACGUUCUACCUUAAGCCCCGCUUUCCUGCAGCGCACCUUAAGUCAUCGGAGUCAGCUGAUGACAGAAUCACGCCCUGCGGCAUUCCUCCUCGACAUUCCUCCCAGAUGACAGUCAGCCUCCUGCUUCCCUCAUUCCAGACGCACGGAGUCCCACUGCAACGAAGCCCGUCAUUGCCUCGGGAUUCAUGCUGGCAUCUUAAUCUGAUUAUUCUCAUAGGGACACGCUGAAAGGGCCAUUGAGUGUGUGACUGGUUCGUCGUGAACAAAUGAUCUGUGGAAUCACGUAAAAGGCAAAAAACUAGUAUACAGUUCAUCCCGUUGUCCCUUUGAUGGUUUAAAAGGUUUGAUUUUGCGAAUUUACCCGACUGUUCACGUUCUCCUAAACUUUAAAUAGACAUGAGAGAUCACUGCCUGCCAUGUCUCCGCCCUGCUACUGUUGGCAUUUACCUCGCACAUUUAUCAACACCAUGUUUCCUGUGAGGAACGAAGGUUCAUUGUGAGAGAUGACGGAUGGAUGUAUGCGUGGGGAAACGAAACCACUGAAGCUGACUCAACCCAGAAAGACAACGUUCCAAUGCGAAUGGAUUGUCACUUCUCUGUCACUAAACCCACUUGCAUUUUGUGAAAUCUGCAUUCUGCCGGGAUUGUUGUUCCUCACAGUGAAAGUCAGAAGGGAUUCUUUCAGAAUCUUAAAUGAUGACAGUCAAGUCUGUCUUGGAAGAGACACACAGAAUCAUUUUUUCAUCUCCGUCACCUCCAUUGAGUUAAAUAUCUCUCUCUGUACACACCUUCAUGGCUCCCCGGCAAUGAAGCAUAAAAUCUUCUUUUUGUUUUUUGUGAUAUUGGAUGGCUCGCCGUGGAAUUUCCAAAAGACGUUCACCUCCCAGCUGUGAUGACUUGUAACAGCUUUGUCGAUCUCCUAAUUUUCCGUCUAGCAACAUUUUAAAAGUGUCCAAAUCUUUGGUUUCUAUCCAGGUACCUGCAGAACGUGAGCCAUAGUACCACUAACUGUCGAGCAGUAAAGUCGUUAAUGAGGAUGUUUUUAUUGUCUCCAUGAGCAUGAUGUACGUGUUAGCAUUCGGCACAAAGCGCCAUUGCCACUGCCACGGCUCCCCCCACCCUCCCCUCAGCUUAGCUGCAGACGUGUUCGGAAGAAAAUACUUCUGUAGCAAACCAAGUGAAAAUGUCCUCCAUACCAUUACAAUAGGUGUGUAAAAAGAAUUUGCUUCGGGGAAGCUGCGUCCCUCUGCUGUGUUGCUGUGUUAAAGAAGGCCACGCUCCUCCUUUUAAUUGUUUCAAAUAAACUACGGCCACACAUCUUUGACUUCCGGCUGAAGGAACCCGAAGGAGCGAGCUGUAAAUCUCCUUUUGUCUCUGUCCACCAGAAAAUCCAAAGGAUCCCUCGGAGGAGGAUGGGACGUCCCGCGGUGCUUUUGUUUCCUGUGAGAGGAAAACUUCAAUCGCUUCAACGCUGCGUCCUCAUUGGUCAGUGUCGCGAUUCAUGAAACCACUCAAGGUGUCGUCCCAUUGGUCCUUCACUGCGCUGGGAAGACCUCUCAGCCAAUCGGCGUCCUUCUGGCAGAUUUCUACUUAGUCGGGACGGAGCACAACAAGACGGACAGAGAGAGAGAGAGAGAGGGGAGAUCGAGGUUCACCACAGCUGGAUCCAGGAUUGUGCGCAAGCGGUCUCCAACAUGGAGGUCCCCAGCAGGCCCUCCUCCUUCACGCUGGCCCUCCACAAACCGGCCUCGUCCGCUGUGUCACCCCUCGGCGCCGUAGCGACGGACCACAGGGAGCAGCAGCUCCAGGAACAGGACGACGCUGUCGGGGAGGAGACCUUUGGCGCGGAGGAGGAGCUCGAUGCGUACGAGGAGGCCCCCGGUCCAAUAAACGUGUCGCAGGACCGCUGCUCAGAGGAGCGGUCGGAGGAGGAUGCCGAAGAGGCUCAAAAGAAGUGUGACGAGGAGGACGCGUCGGCCAAAGAGAGGGCCGCCCAGAGGCAGAUGCUGGCCAUCGAGGAGCUGGUCCAGUCUGAGAGGAAUUACCUUCGACUGCUGCAACUGAGCACCGGGACCAUCAGGGGCAACCUGCGGAAACUGCAGCCUCCUCCAGCCAACCUGGACAGCAUGUUUCUCGACAUCGAGGAAGUGAUGGACGUGUCGAGUCGACUGCUCAACCUGCUGGACCAGGGGCAGGUUCGGCCUGGAGAGCCCCUCUUUCUGCAGACCCUCUGCGACUCGUUCCUCAGCCUCUCCGCCGACAUCGAGGCGGCCUAUAGGGAAUACCUGUCCAACUACAGCCAGGUGACGGUGCUGGAGGACAGCUACAAGCAGAAGGAGGCGCUCUGGAACGACAUCAUCAGAGUCGUCAAGUCCUCUGCGCCCGAGGUAAACGCCACUUCUCUGAGCUUCUUCCUGGUGAUGCCGGUGCAGCGGAUCGCCCGCUACCCGCUCCUCCUGCAGACCAUCCAGAAGCACACGGACAGCAGCCACCCGGCCUACGCGCUCCUGGAGCGGACCGCUCACACCUCCGUCGCCCUCAACUGUCGCAUCAACGAGUACAAGCGCUUCAGAGAAGUCGCUGACAAAUACAAGAAGACGGAAACCCUGACCAUCAAGGACAAGAUCAACCGCCUCAACACCCACAGCAUCGCCAAGAAGACGGCGAGGCUCAGCCAGCACAUCAAACACGAGACCGGAAUUGCACCCAAGCGGGUGGACGAGGAGUUUGGCGCUCUGGAAGGUUUCUUUUAUGUUCUGGAGCACGGGAUCCUGAAGCUCCUGGAGAACGUGGAGACGUACCUGGACCACCUGCAGAGGUUCCUGUCCUGCAAGACUGAGGAGUUUGACUUGGACAUGGACGGCGAGAAGGCCCUUAUCUGUUACAAGGAGAUCACCACCGCUCUCAGACAGUGGAUUCUUCCGACAUUCGAGAAGAGGAUGAGGACGUUGAUGCACAAGCCGCUGUGUGCCCUCCGUGACCUCCUGGUGGGCCCGAGGAACCUGAUCCGGAAAAGGCUGGACAAGCUGCUUGACUACGAGUUGAUAGAAGCCAAAUCCAGCCUGAGCUACGAGGAGCAGGACGUGGCCAACACCUACAAGACAAUGAACACGUUGCUGCUCAACGAGCUUCCCCGCUUCAACGGCUUGGCGCUGCAGAUGAUCUGGAGCAUGCUGGGAACCUUCAGCUGUCUGCACAGCAACCUCGCCUCUGACAUGGAGCAGCUGUUCCAGAGCUUCGCGCAGCAGCUCCCGCACAGCUCUCUCAGCCACGGUGCGUUCUGGGAGUGGGCGGAGUCCGCCGCGCUGGAGGGUGCGAGGAGGCUGGAGACUCUGUGUCGGGGUGUGGAGAACACGCUCAACGCUCCAGUGGUCCAGCCUCUGAGUCCUUCCUCUCAGCGCCGCCUGAAGCAGCUAAUGGACAAGCACGGCUCUGGGAAGAUCUACAAGGUGAUUGAGACGGUGGUGGGCAGCCGGGAACUGGACCUCAACCUGGCCAGAGGCGAGCUGGUGGCCGUCAUCAGUCAGGCGGACACCCGCGGGGACAAACGGAGAUGGCUGGUGGACGCAGGAGGCAGACGAGGUUACGCUGCGUCCUCGAAGCUGAUUCGCUAUCACCAGCCAUCAGAAGACCCGCCCCCUUCACCAAACCCCAUCCUGCCUGAUGUCGUGACAGGAAUCAGGCGACAUUCCUACACCCCAGAGAGCCGGCCGCUGACGGUCAUGAGCCCGCCCUGCUUCCAGGUGCUGGCGGCCUACAACUUUGCGGCGAGAGGAAACCAUGAAGUUUCAAUCCGGGCCGGCGAGCCGGUUCGCGUCCUUGAGCCGCACGACAAGCGAGGGAACCCCGACUGGAGCCUGGUGGAGGCCGCAGGGGGCCAGAGGGGCUACGUGCCCUCCAACUACCUCACCAUGAUGCCUCAGGGGGCCGGCCGGCCAGGCUCCUCCCGCCGAUAGGAGGCGUGAAAUGGCCCGCGCCCCACGCCGGGGCUCCGUUCACCGCAGAGCGUCCGCUCUUCAAACCGCAGCGUGACCACCAUGUGACCAUCGGUCAUCCUCAAUGCCGUUAGAUAGAAUAGUUUCAUGCGUUUGAAAGAGCUGAACAUUUUUUUUAAAUCAGGAGGAAAGUAAAAGACAUGUUUUAUUGAUGGUGCAGCUCUGAAUCACGAAGAGGCCUCAAAGAGGAUUUACAGCCGAUCAGCUUUCUCUUUUUAGCGUUCACUCCGAACGCAAAGGGAGGUUUUUCACGAAGAGCGAAGACACAUGAAGACAAACGCAGAGAUGCAAACGAGUAAUAUUUUAGCGUUGUCCAUCUGCACAGACACUGUUUAAAUUUAUUAACCGCAGACGUAUAAACUGUACAGCUACGGAGCUGCUGUGUUUACACGGCGCGCUCAGUCCGAACUCGACUCAAGGAAGAAGCCCCCUUAAAGCUUCGCUUGAUGAACAUGAAAGUACGUGGACGGAAGCUACAGCCCUGGUGCUAGUGGCUACGUGAUGCUUGCUCAUGAGCACUGGGGCAGGGCGCAUGCUUGCUCUGCAUCUCGAGGCUGAGAGAAACAUCUCCCAUCGUGUCAGCCGACCUGCAACAGAACAUAUCCCAUCAUCCUCUGGGACAAACCAGCACAGUAGCAUGCGUGUGCUCAUUAGUCUGUAUUUUAGUGAGCUAAAGGCAACUGUGUGUGUGUCCUGUCCUCACCUGAGCGUAGGAACAGAACUGCAUUGAGACUGACAGGUACCACAGUGCUCUCAUCGUCUCCGACUGUGAAGUAUAUGUGCAAUGUCUCCGGGGGGAGGAAGGGAUUCAUGGGGAGAGAAGAAGCGGAUGCGAGGGAGAAUUUGCUCUUCCUACCUUCCCUCUCGCCUUCGAUCAAAAGAUCAUAAAUAUUGUAAAGGGCCCGAAGCAACGCAUUCAUAUGCAUCCGAUGACGUUCGUUGCUAUGGAUACGGUUCAAAUGGGAUGGACUGUGGAGUUAAGUUGUUUUUGUCGCCUUAGAAAAUGUUUUGCAAUGGAAGACAAAAAUGUCUCCUGACAUCCCGAGACAAUCACUGUUAUGUCUUUAACUCAAAUAAUUUCUUCUUUAAUUUAAUAAGUAGAGAGUUAUUUUAUUUUACUUCUGACCAAAAUGUUCUUUUGGGAGGUCAUAGAAUAUUUGUCUGAGAACGACGCUCAAACCAAUGUUCUCUGAGAAGUGGCGAGGAGUUUCCAUCCCAACAUGCUAUGAGCACGGGACACACGGGACAUUUCCAAGAUUUGUUCUGUAUGUUCUUGAUCGGCAUCUUGAAUAUCAAAGGAGACUUAAAAGUGAACAGCCUGCGCAGCAAACAGGCAUCUAAAAAUGCUUUCCGUCGAGAGCCAAUAAAAAAAAUUUAAGACCUUAAAGACAGUGAACUAAUACAGGACGGUGUCGAGAUGAAGAAUGUUCCUGCUUUAAGAGAAUAAUUAGAAUAAUCCUUCAAGGGCGAUGCGCCUUUUUCAAACUACAUUUGUAAAUAAUCUUUUAUUAGUCCUUCUCGUCCGUGGUGGCCGUGGGUCUACUUGACGGCUGACGGAGCGACGCUGACAUUAUUUUUGCAUAAAUUGGAGGCCUUCGUUUCCUCGUCCGCUGCGCAGCAUCAUCUGGGGAGGAGGUGAAGCACAGGGAGGGGGCCGCACAGCUGGAGCUCAGCUGUCCCCAUCCGUCUGAAUGUCAGGACGGAGUCGUGUGUGUGUGUGUCACUAAUAUACCAAAUGUCCUCCAGGCUUAGCAAGUAGAGGGACGAGUAAAGAAAAUCCCCCGACACGACCACGUUCUACCUGCUCUCCUCUCUUCAAAUGCCACCUCAAAAGAUCAAUUUGACAUUUAAUGUAGUUUAAAAAUAGCAUUAAAACCUGCAGUUUUAGCCCAAAUCCUGAAGUUCGCACACACUGGUUCCUGAGAUAAAAAGAUAAUAUUUGCCUUUGGUCAUUGCGUGGAAUAUUCUCUGUGGAGACAGAAACGUUAACGAUACUUACACAUCUCCAUUGUAACAUUUCUGAUCACUAAAGGGACUUAAUUAAAGUAAACACCUCUUUUUAAGCCACUUAAAGAUUCACCAGAGGGUUUGUGUCUGGCCUGUUUUACAUUGUUGAACAAACCGCCAAGAGGAAAAACCCUGCUGACUGAGGUGUCAAACGCUGACUCAUCUCCUGCAGCACUCGUAAGCAUUUUAAAAUCCCACCGCUCUUUAGUAACGCGUCAAUAUUGAAUUUUAGGUGACGUGACCUGGUCCCUCCAGGUGUGCUGGUGUCGUACAGGCCUCGUCCCACCGGCGUGCACCACUAGAGGGGGCAGCUGGCCUGUGGAGCGACGGUUUGAGUUGCUUUUCCUCGUCAGUAUUCAAGCUGCACAUUCUGUUCAUGUGUGACAUAUUUAACGGUUUUAUUUUUUUAAUUAACCUGCUGUGAAAGCAGCGUGUGAAGUGUAACUUGUUUAACCUGCUGGUAAUCUGGUUUUGUGUGCAGCAUUUCUGCUCGUGAUAUUCUGUUUAAUUACUGACUUGUUUUUAAGUUAUUUUAACGCCACGAGGCGCCUGACCGUGAAGCAUGACGUCUUUUGAAGAACUGCCAAAGUUAGAAAAUUGCACCGCAACACAAAGACACACGUGCAGCAACUGAAUGUUUGGCUUCAAUAAAACUAAACAGAAACCUG